ACAAUGAAGGAUGGAACAUUGUCUGUUGCGUGUUCUAGAGUUCCAGACUUCCAGAAUGCUGUGUUCCAGAGGCAUGCUCCAGCAGUGGAGUCUAGCUGUGUUCCUGCUGUACUCUUCUGUCCCUCUCUACGGGAGACCCCUCGAUGCUCUCACUAACAGAAUGAGGAGGUCAGUGAGCCACGCCCAGCUGAUGCACGAUAAGGGCCGUUCCCUGCAUGAGUUCAAGAGACGGCACUGGAUCCAGGAACUACUAGACCAAGUCCACGCGUCCGACAGCGAGCGAGCCCCGGCUCCCCAGAGCAGGACCAGUGCUAAUGAGUGUCACAGCACCUUCAGCGGAAGCGCCCUAUCCCCCCCCAAACCCUCUGGAGGGACCAAGAACCUCCCCCUGAGCUUCCGGCUGGGAGGGGAGGGGAGCAACCUCCCCCAGGAGACCAACAAAUCUGUGGCCUACAAACACCAACCUCUGAAGGUGGUCACCAAGAGGAAAAAGAAGGUGAAGGGGGAGAGAGGGAGACGGAAGGAGAGCGAGAAGAGGAGGAGGAGGGCUCGCUCUGUAGUCACAAGUCUUACGACACAAAGAGAGGAGUUACAGAGGACACAAGACACUGUGUGACAAACAUACUUCAUGAUGUAGCCUUUGGGUGGCGCUGCACUAAGGACUCUGACUGACAAAGAUUCCAGCAUCACUGACUGAGACUCAGCCUAAUGUCUCAGACUCGAAACAACUGGUCUCUCCAUACCAUGGCCAUUGGUCUUUGCUUGUAUUGUUUUAAUCUGCUGCUUUUUCCGUGUGCCUUGAUAUACAGUAAUAUGUUGCUACUUUUAUUAUAACAUAUAACUUCUGUAUACAUAUUUAUUAGGUAAAUAAUAAGAAAAUCAUCAGCCAUGUUAAAUGAAUCUUUAACUCAUCCCUAGUUAGAUAACAAUGUAAGAUAUGGGCCCUUCAGGAGCAAUUUACUGUAUCUCCCUAAUACCCUUUAAAUCCUCUUCAAUCAGAUGUCCAUGUGUAAAGUACAACAUAGGCCACACAGUAAACGUUACGCAUGAAAUAUUUAUUGUUUGUACAUAUUUAAAUUCACAAAAUGAGGGAGGAUCAUUCUUUCUUUUUUUUACUGCCCGGUAGCUUUUUAGAUAGUCGAUAUUGUGAAUAUAUAAUUUCUUAUCUGUAGUUAGUAUUAUUAGAUCCAUAACAAAUGUUUUUACCAUAAUUUAUUUUAUUUGAACUGUAUAUUUAUUUUGUGAAUGUAUUACCGUGCUGCUGAUUUUUUGAUAUUUUAUAAUAACAUAAAAUGCACUUUAGAUAUAAUGAUGAUAUCCAUAUGUUUUGUUAAGUUACAUUGUUAUAAGUGUUCUCAUUUGUGGUUGAUUUGAAUUAAGAAAGAAAACGUUCCUUUGUUGAUAAACCCUUUAUAUUUUAUUUUCUUCUUGGUUUCUAAUAUUACCCAAUCAUCUCAUUGACUAGUGAGUUAUUGGAUCGUCCAUCAAAUUCUCUCUAGUUUUAAAAUAUUUUUUUGUUUGUUGAUAAAAACAAGCCAGAGUUGAACCUGUUGGAAUGAUUCCAGACUUGUUAAGAUUCAUGCCGUGUUUAGCAUUUGCACUGAGAGCACAAUCAU